CAGCUGGCUGCUCCCUCCUCUAUACUCGACCAUUAAUACACACACCUUCGACUCACGAUAUCAUCACGGCCUUGAUACCCAAGAGAAGAACGAGCAUUACCGGUUACAGCAUCUGUUCACUGUUUCACGUACUUUGUCUGGACUAGCCCUCCCUAAUAUCAACCAACGCGCAACGCCGGUCGUUGUCAACAGCUCACAAUGUCACAAAAUCACGUCGAGCUUGCACAAGUCAUGUACACGCCGGUGCCAUCAAUGGGCAGCACCCGGCCAUCGUCGGGCAAGCAUCGCAAGUCCCUCUCCACGGGCGGCGGUCGGGCCUGGAGCGAUAGCGAGGAGUCGUAUCUGCUCCAGACGCGCAGUCAAAAGAUGCCGUACAAGCACAUUGCCGCCCACCUCAACAAGACCGAGCUGGCCUGCCGGCUGCACUACCACCAGAUCUGCCACGGGACCAACCGCCGGAAGCGCAACCUGUCGACCUCGUCCGUGCAGACCGACUACUCACACCUCCUGCGCGAGAACUCCUCGGAGCCUGUCUCGAGGAUGAGCCCCGCGAGCGCCAGCUCGUCCGGGUCCGUCCGCCUCCCCAGCAUCAUGGACCAGGAGAAGCUCCCGUCGCUGCUGCCCAAGCCCAGCAGCAACGAUGCGUCACUCUUCAUGGGCUACCCGGCCGGGCAGCGCAUGCUCCCAGCCUUUGAGCACCCCAACAUGUCGUCGUCGUCCAGCAGCCAGAGCCUCUUCAAGCUCAACACCAACCUGCCCUCGGUGACGGCGGCCCCGUCCCACUCCGCGUCGCACGUCGACCUCACGCGUCUGCACGCCAUCUACGCCGCGCACAGGAACACAUUCUGGGCCGCCAUCGCCCACGAGUACGGCGCCAGCGCGUCGCCCGCCAGCCUCGAGACGGCCUGGCGGACGGGCCGCUGCUGCCCCAAGAGCAGCGCCCACCACCAGGGCGCGAGCCCGAUGAUGACGCCCAACGCAAGCCCCGUCAGCGAGGCGAGGGAUACCUUCUCCACCAUGUCAGAGCGAUGCGCCUGGGACAGGGACAUGAUCCGGCGGAUGGACUGCAGCUGAUUCAUCUGCUCCCCCACUUGUGUUUCUUUGAACUUUUAUCUAAAGCGAUUUUGGGGCGGCCUAUCUUGGGGUGGAGGGCCUGGCCUGGGCAAGCGGGAAAUGUGACACAAACAUGGCGCCAAAUGGAGAAGGUGGAUAGCAGGUAGUGUUUGUAAUGAUUGUAAAGCUAUAAAAAUGUUCUUCAGAAACUUGGGCUGCUCGCGCCGUAUUUACAACUGCCGAUGCAUGUUCGACGCAGGCCUGAGACGUAGAACGUCAGGGAUGUUUGGUCG